GUCACACUCGUAGUAUUGUUUUUUUUCGCCAAUUCAAUUGCAUUUUUUCGCAACCUUUUAAAUUAAAAGCAAUAAUCGAAAGGGCCAAUUAAUAGUGUUUUCAGACCGCAGCUCCGGGGACACGGGCAACAAAACCAUGACCGAGAAGUACGACGGCAACGGUGACUUUUCCGCCUUUAACGACGAUGACGAGUUUGGCGGCAAGCCACGUAAGUCAGGUGGUUCUAUCGGAGCACCCGGUGGCGCCCACAACGGUGACAGUUCUGCCCACGAUCACGUUCACCAUGGCGGAGAUCCCGGCGGCAGUAUCCAGAUAAAUGAGAAGGCCAAUGAGUACAUACGCGACUGUAUGGUGGAGCGAAAUCGUAUGGACAGAAAGUUCCCCAUUGCCGAGAAACUGCUGGAGGGCGAGAUUGAAAAAGUCCAAACCACAGGAAGGAUUCCUUCGCGAGAGCAAAAAUACGCGGAUAUAUAUAGAGAGAAGCCUCUACGCAUCUCGCAGCGUGUUUUAGUUCCCAUUAGAGAACACCCUAAGUUCAACUUCGUGGGUAAACUGCUGGGACCCAAGGGAAACUCACUUCGCCGGCUGCAGGAGGAGACGCUUUGCAAGAUGACCGUCCUGGGACGCAACUCCAUGCGCGAUCGCGUCAAGGAGGAGGAGCUGCGCAGCUCCAAGGACCCUAAGUAUGCUCACCUCAACAGCGACCUGCACGUGGAAAUAUCCACAAUAGCGCCGCCAGCCGAAGCCUAUGCCCGCAUCGCCUACGCCAUGGCCGAGCUGAGGAAGUAUCUGAUCCCAGACAGCAACGACAUCAUUCGGCAGGAGCAGCUACGCGAGUUGAUGGACAGCACUAGCCUAAACGACAACGAGAAUGCGAAGAUUAACUAUAAAAAGACGUCCCACAUGCAGGGAGGAAACAAUGCCAUUGGUGGCGGGUCUGUUAACACCAUUGGAGGGGCUAAGAACGCACCUCAUCAUAGUUAUAGGGGCUCACAGCAGUCUUCGUUUAGCAAAAAUGUGCUUGCUCCCAAGCAGAAAGUUAUGUCCAUCUUGGAAAAAGCCCGGACUGCCAUGGAUGAAACGUACGGUCGCGGCUAUGAUGACGGCAUUGGCUAUGAUCCGCACCAGUCAUACGAUAGUUACUCCUACAGCAGUCAUGGCCAUGGACCCCACGGACCGCCGGCUAACAUUCUGGGCGGAGUGGGUGGCAUAAGCGGUGGCGGUGGGCGUGGAGGACAUUACGAGAGUUCCGACUAUGAGCCGGAUUAUGGAAGACGAGAGUACUACCAGCAUUCACCGGGAUAUUCAGCUGGUGUCGGUGGCGGUGGAGGAGGUCUGGGCACCGGCGGCGGUUCGCAGUCGAAUGCCAUCGGUGGUUCCGGUCUCAGUUCGAAUCACAAUCGCAGCCAUGUUAACAGGUGAAAUUUGUUGGAUUCCAGCAGUGCCAGCGGAGGUCGAGCCACCAAUCCAGCGGCAGCCACCCAAAAUCUGACCAUGAAAUCCCAACCCAAUAGUAACAGCAACAGCAACAACUUUUUGCCCAAUCACGGAGCAAGUGAGUGCCACAAUGGCAAGAACAUAAAUCCAAAUCCCAACUACUACUAUAAUUCCAACGGCAGUUCCAAGCUAAAUCAGCAACAACUACAGCAGUCGCAACCAAAUCUCCCACCGCAGCUAUCAGCCCAUAACAGCAAUAACAGCCGCAGCAACAAUAACACCAGCAACAACAAUAAUUGCAAUAGCAACUUUCACCCAAUGGGUGACAAAAACUCCAACGACGUUUCAUUUCUAUCCUCCUAUCGACUUGGUCCAAUGGAUGGCCAAAAGAGUGCCAACAGCAACAGCAACAACAUCAACAAUCACACACUAGGCAGUAAAAACCACAACAACAACAACACCACCACAACAACCGCUUCAGUGCCCAAUAUGCUAUUAGUAAGACCUGCUAAUCCUUCGCUACAUAUUGGCACAUUUCCGUUCUUGCCCGUGCAGUUUUUCUGAAUCCAACAGAUACAACAGCUACAACCAGAACAACCAAAUCGAAAACCACAUCAACAUCUACAUCACAGAAACUUUGUACACUAGAGUUCAUAAGAUUAGAGGAAGAAGGCGUAGGAGAAGUAUUUACAAAAUGGACAAAUGAACUUUACGAUAUAUACUACAUACAAGAAAAACAUAUACAUGACAGAUAUAUUUAUACAUAUAUUUUUGCGUGCAAGGAUUGACGUUUAAUGAAGACACGAGGCUGGAUCAACAAAUCGAGUCCUUACUUUCACGUUGGCUAUUAAACACACACACGAAACUGUGUCCGGUUUUUUAUCUCUAUUUACAAACCAUCUUUAAGAUAUUCAAAGAGCCUGAACGAUUAGUGGGAGCUGAAAUCGGUCGAGAGGAAUCGAAAUCGGAUUCGGAUACGGAUUCCGAAUCGGAAUCAGUAGUUAAGCACACACGGCUCAGCUCAAAGUUGAGCUGGGAUAGUCUGGCAUAUUGGUUACAGAGCGAAUCCAACUGAUACAGCAAGACAAAGCUAUGUAUAGGGACAGCAGUCGGUCGAGACAAAAUCUAUGAGAUUAAUUAACUUAAUAGAAUAUAUAAUAAUUAAUACAGAGGGCACAUUUAAACUAUAAUUUUAUUUAUAUAUGCAUAU